GUUCCCCGCGGGGGCGCCCUCCGGAGAUGCUGCCGUGGAAGAAACACAAGUUCGAGCUGCUAGCCGAGGCGCCGCCAAGGCAGGCGUCCAAGCCCAAGGGCUACGCGGUGAGCCUGCACUACUCGGCUCUCAGCUCGUUGGCGCGGGCGUGCCCCGAAGGCGCGCUCAGCCGGGUGGGCAGCAUGUUCCGCUCCAAGCGCAAGAAGCUGCACAUCACCAGCGAGGACCCCACUUACACCGUGCUCUACCUGGGCAAUGCCACCACCAUCCAGGCGCGCGGCGACGGCUGCACCGACCUCGCGGUGGGCAAGAUCUGGAGCAAGAGCGAGGCGGGCCGUCAGGGCACCAAGAUGAAGCUGACUGUGAGUGCGCAGGGUAUCCGCAUGGUGCACGCCGAAGAGCGCGCGUUGCGCCGCCCGGGCCACCUCUACCUGCUGCACCGCGUUACCUACUGCGUGGCGGACGCGCGGCUGCCCAAGGUCUUCGCCUGGGUUUACCGGCACGAGCUCAAGCACAAGGCGGUAAUGCUGCGCUGUCACGCGGUGCUGGUGUCCAAGCCCGAGAAGGCGCAGGCCAUGGCCCUGCUGCUCUACCAAACGUCGGCCAACGCACUGGCGGAAUUUAAACGGCUCAAGCGGCGGGACGACGCGCGUCACCAGCAGCAGGAGCUGGUGGGCGCGCACACCAUCCCGCUGGUGCCGCUGCGCAAGCUGCUCCUGCACGGACCUUGCUGCUACAAGCCGCCAGUGGAGCGCAGCCGCAGCGCGCCCAAACUCGGCUCCAUCACUGAGGACCUGGUCGGUGAACAGCAGGAGGAGGAGCUGCAGGAAGAAGAGGAAGAGGAGCACACUGAGAGCUGCCUGGAGGAGGAGGAGGAGGAGGAGGAAGAGGAUCGUACCAGGGAGAAGGAUCCGGCAGAGGAAGAGGCCGAGGCGCAGCGGGCGCUGGUGGUGGCCAUGCACUUCGAAUGUGGGGACUUGCUGGACACGUUGGAGAGUGGCCGGGAGGAGGCGCUGGGGGGCAGUGGGGUCUCGUUGGGACCCGGGGCGGGGCCGCCGCCUUUGCUGCUGGGUAGCUCCUCCGACGUGAAGGCCGAGCUGUCGCAGCUUAUUAACGACCUGGGCGAGCUCAGCUUCGGCAACGACGUGCGAAGCCUGCAGGCCGACUUGCGGGUGACGCGCCUGCUGUCUGGUGAGAGCACUGGCAGCGAGAGCUCCAUAGAAGGCGGCGGCCCAGAUGCCACCUCUGCCACCGCCGGGGACCCGUCUGGCCCUACGGACCGCGCCAGCCCAGACGAGCCGCGCUCGGGCUGAGCUCCUCGCAAUCUUCUGCGCGCGCCCUGCCGCCCCACCUUGACUCCCUAACAGCCUCCUCGACGGCUCCCUGACCUAGCCCUGACCCCGCUUGCGCCCAGGAAAGGGAAAAUGGGACACUUAAGGCCCAGAGUUCCUGCUUCUCUCCCUGAACACAUUUGGCUCUGUGUUAAGUGGAGCUCAGGUUGCCUACGGAGAUGUGGCUGGAUGUGUGGGGAUGGGGUGGGGAAACCCUACCAGGAAGGAGAGAGGCAGCCCCUUGGGGUCAGGGGUGAGGGAAAUGCCCGCUGAAGUUAGCAAAAGUCCUGCAGGCGUCAGGUGCCCGCCGGCCAGCUUCCUGUUUGUGGGGCAGUUGGGGCCCCUGGAGGAGGGGUUAACUUCCUCCCCACCCCUCACCCGGGAGCAGCCUAGCAUUGUCAUUGGCAUAUCAUUGAAAAGAAAAAGGAAUUUACUCUCACAAUGUUUGAGGCUGUUUUUGUGCAGUCUUUUGGUGCGAGAGCUUGGGUUGUUUACCUCAGACUAAGACCCUUGAAAUUCUGCCAAAUUCCUCAAAUAUUUGUUUGGGGAGGGGGAGGGGGGAAGAGAGGAAAAGGAAAGAAAGUUGCAUUUUGUUUACAGUUAAAGACAUCUAAUAUCUAAAAAAGGAGUUUUCCUUUAGAAACACACACACCUUCAUCCUGCUCAAAAGUUCUCACUCCAUGAUACUGUGUAAAAUAUUUUUGCACUGUUGUGAAGUAUUUUUGACAUCUUUUUUUGUACAUAACUGUUCUCAGAGCUGGAUGUUUAUAUCUUUUGCUGUGCAAAAGGGACAUGUAAAAUGUUGUUCAGUUGUAUAUACAGAAAUGUGUAUAAAACAUUUUGUUAUUUUUGAAGAGUAGCACUGCUCUGGUUCUGUUUGCCCGCCAGUGGGAAGAGAAUAAAGAGGAAAAUUGAACAGAA